AUGAACUCAACAACAGGGAAUGAAUCGAUCGAGUCUUCAAGCUGCUUUAGUACAACGGCGUACAAAAUCGGACAAACCAUUACUUUGAGUCUGAUCGUUGCUGUUUCACUGACGGGAAAUUCUUUCAUUGUGUUGAUCGUUUAUAAAACGCCAACCUUAAGAAAACCGAUAAAUUAUUUCAUCGCAAAUAUGGCCAUGUCCGAUCUGCUGUAUUCAAUAAUCUGGCCACCUACGACCCUAUCAUUGAUACACAGCACAAACUUGUGGCUCAUCGGUGGCCAGUUUGGCCAGGCCUUGUGUAAGCUUGUUCAUUUUUCUGACGUUUCCAGUAUCGUUUCGAUUCAGAAUCUGGUUUUAAUAACAGUGGAUCGAUUUGUAGCCGUGGUAUUUCCACUCCGCUCUCCACUCAUCAGAUCCAAGCUGUGUCCGUUCUUCAUUCUCGGAACGUGGAUAGUCGCAGCGGCUUACCUUUCGCCCUAUUUUUACACCUACCAACUCGUUGAAUACGCAGGGAAAAGGUGGUGCGCCGCGAGACGGAAGAAAGUAUUCGGAACGUCCUCGUCCCUUGCCGACUACCACUUGGUAGGUCCUAUUCUGUUUAUAUAUAUCCCUGUGAUGUUGUUGGUCCUUCUUUACUCCAUCAUCAUCAUCAAGCUCAAGACACAGAAACACCCAGGUGAACAGUCCGCGAACACUCAGCAACAGAGGAACAGACGAAACAGAAACGUGCUUCAAUUGUCCAUUGCUAUCGUGUUAGUUUUUGUGUUUUGCUGGUUACCUAAUACUACUAACUUUUUAAUCAUAAGGUAUCGAGCCAGUUCCAUACAUCAGUUUUCCUGUGGUUUUUGGCUAUACUAUUAUGUCACCUACUAUAUAGCGGUAGGGUACUGUGCUAUCAAUCCGAUUAUUUGCUUUGCUUUUAGCAGUAAUUACCGACAAGGUCUUAAAAGACUCAUGAACUGUUCUUAA